GGCUGUGCAGCCGGGGCGACACGGGGCUGUGGGAUCCAGACUCCAGGAGGAGCUGCCCGGGGUGUGGCCGACGAGGUCGCAGGACCCUCCUUGGGGAGUCCUGUUCCUCCACGCCCCUCGCCCCUCGCGGGGGCUCCCGCGACGACCUCCGCGCGCGGAGUCGGGGACCCACAGCCGCUGGCCGGAGCAAUGGUGCCACCUAGCGGACGGUGCCGGCGCGGCCCACGGGGCGGCCGCUGGGACCCCACCCUUGAGGAGGUGCCGCAGGAGGACUGGGGCGGCGCUUCAGCACCAUCGUGGGCCGGACAGCGCCCCCCACCCGCGGGAACGGGCCUCAGCGCUCCCCUGAAAGGGGCCCAAGAGCCAGCAAGAACCCCGAACCUCCCCGGACCGCCCCAGACCACCCUUGGUUUGCAAAGCGCUCGGUCCCUGGAGCCCCCUCCCCUACUUGCCCAGAGCAGCGCAGGGCCGCGGAGGGGAGGGUCCCACGUGUGACUAGCCACGCAGCUCUUCCGGACGCCCAUCGCUCAGGUGUCACUCGAAGGGAGCUCCGAGGGGUCCUGCGCGCCCAGAAACCUGCAAGCUCAACUCCCUAGCCCAGGGAGUCCCGGCACGUGGGGUCGGGCCGGCGCUAGGACCCAGCACAGCCGGGAGUCCGGCGGGUUCUGGGAGGCGGCGCGGGGGAAUCCGCGGGCGCUAGGGCCGCGCGGAGUGCCGGCGCGGGGCGGGGCGCGCGCAGGCGCACUCGGCGGCUGCAUGGAGCCGGAGCCGGAGCCGGAGCCCGCGACCGUGGAGGUGCCCGCGGGGCGCGUGCUGAGCGCCCGGGAACUGCUCGCCGCCCGCUCGCGGCCCCAGAAGCUGCCCCAGCGGUCGCAUGGCCCCAAGGACUUCGUCCCCGACGGCUCGGCGGCCCAGGCCAAGCGCCUGCGCCGGUGUCGCGAGGAGCUGUGGGGACUGCUGGCCGAGGAGCGCGUGGAGCGCGUGGGCAGCUUGGUGGCCGCCGAGUGGAGAGCGGAAGAGGGCUUCGUGGAGCUGACGUCCCCUGCGGGUAAAUUCUGGCAGACCAUGGGCUUCUCGGAGCAGGGCCGGCAGCGGCUUCACCCCGAAGAGGCCCUGUACCUGCUGGAGUGUGGCUCCAUCCAGCUGUUCCACCAAGACCUGCCGCUGUCCAUCCAGGAGGCGUACCAGCUGCUGCUGGCCCAGGACCCUGUGGCCUUCCUCAAGUACCAGGUCUUCAGCCACCUGAAGAGACUGGGCUACGUGGUUCGACGGUUCCAUCCAAGCUCUGUCCUGUCCCCUUACGAGAGGCAGCUGAACUUGGAUGGCAGCGCCCAGCUCUUGGAGGACGGUCCUGGCAAGAAGAAGAGGAGGAGUUCGAGCUCUCGGUCCGUGAGUAAGAAGGCCAAGGCGCCGGACGACUCCCUGCAGCCUGAGAUCCUGGCGGCCUCCGGCCCUCCUUCCUACAGCCAGCACGGCCCACGUGUGGAGGAGAAACCCCAGGAGUUGAGCCCAGGACAGGGCCCAGCCAGCCCCUUUCCUCUUCCGGGGUCCCUGGAGCCCUGCCCUGGCCUGGCCGGGGAGGGGAUGGGGUGCAGCCGGCAGAGCGGCCACGUGGAGAAUGGGGUCACGGGGGCUGCUAAGCCGCGCUGGGACUUCUCCCAGAUCUCCUUCCCCAACAUGGCGCCAGACAGCCGCCACACCCUCCUGCCAGCCCCGGCCCCAGAGCUGCUCCCCGCCAAUGUCGCGGGGCGGGACACAGAUGCCAGCUCCUGGUGCCAGCAAUUGAACCAGCGGAAGGAGAAGCUGUCCCGGAGGGAGCGGGAGCAGCAGGUGGAGGCGCGGCACUUCCGGGAGGACGUGAACGCGGACCCCGAGGUGCGGCGCUGCUCCGGCUGGCGGGCCUACAAGGAGCUGCUGCAGAGGCGGCACCGGGAGAGGAGCCAGAGCCGGCCGCCGCACCUGUGGGGCCAGCCCGUCACCCCGCUGCUGAGCCCUGGCCAGGCGGGCUCUCCAGCCGCCGUGCUUCACCACAUCUCUGUGCUGCAGACAGCGCACCUGGCUGACGGAGGCGCUCGGCUGCAGGGCAAGGCCGGGGACCUGGAGAUCAGCUUUGAUGUUUACCAGGCUGAUGCCGUGGCCACGUUCCGCAAGAACAACCCUGGCAAACCCUAUGCCCGGAUGUGCAUUAGCGGGUUCGAUGAGCCGGUCCCCGACCUCUGCAGCCUCAAGCGCUUGUCCUACCAGAGCGGGGACGUCCCCCUGCUCUUCGCGCUGGUGGACCAUGGCGACAUCUCCUUCUACAGCUUCAGGGACUUCACGCUGCCCAGGGACCUGGAGCACUGACCACGCGGCUGGGGGCGGAGGGGCUGCAGCCUGCCCUGGGGAGACCUGGACUGUCUGUUCUCAGGGACCAUCCAGCGGCCUCCCGGGCCUGGACUCUGACCUGUGGUCUGGACCUUGGCCCUGGUGCCUGACACCACUCCCCUCCUCCCUGCCUGGCCGCUGCACGCUGCCAACGCCCGCACCCGGGAUCGCCGCCUUGCAGGGACCCCCUCGGAACUCAGACCCGGGCAGAGGAGGGGGCCCAGAAGAGAGGACUCUGUGCCUUUAACGAGAGGGUGCCUGCUUCUUGCCAUAAAGCCAAAGCCAUUAAAAACGGAUCUCUUUA